UGUUAUUGUUUACAAAAUAGCAGUAUGGCUGGAGCACCAAAACGAGCAAAGACUGAUUUUUCAGAUGCUGAUAGACAAAAGUUUGAAGAUCGUUCGAACGAUAUGCAACAAAACUUAUCUAAUUCAGAGAGUUUGGAUUCAAACGAACAGUUAUCUAUUACCUGUCAGAGCAAACUGUCGCAGUUUUCUUUGCCAGAAACAGUGUCUGACUGGACAAGAGAUCAUAUAAAUGGUCUUCAUAUUGAUGUGUUGUUUCAACCUCUGUUUAAGCCAUUGCAUUUAAUAACUAGUCCUUUGCAGAUGGAAGGGUUGUGCUUUCGUAUCAGUGCAUAUGAUGUCGAAAAAAUUAAUAAUCGUCGGAAGGCACAGAUAAGAAAGAUUACACUAUUGGCAGAUUAUGUAAAAAGAAGUGCAUUCAUUGAUAUGAUCCAGAACUUGAACUAUUCAUCUUUUAAGGAAUUGAAUAUCGAUUCCCUCAUGAAACUGAAAUCUUUUAAUGAACAUUGUUUUAUUCCGAAAGGCCUACCUGAAGAUUCUGAUGCAUGGUUUCAAAGGUUUGAUGUGUAUGGGAAAAAUUUCAUAUGUGUUUUGUCAAGAAUGAUAGAAAAUAAAAUUCAAGGUAUUCCAAACUUGCAGUGCCAUUAUCAGCAUUUGUUUGACACAUUACUCAAGAUGUUUGGAUUGCAGAGUGGAAUAAGUGUGGGGCCUGGUCUCCCUGAACAGACACUGAAGAUUGGGCAUUUUGAGGUGAAGGGUAAACCAGACAUGCUUUAUGCUCACCACAAGAUUGACUACGUGGAUAGGAAGUUGGAAAAACCUUGUAUAGUGGCAGUGUGUGAGGUGAUGAAAGAAAAACCUGUGGUAGUGAGCAAUACUGCAUCACAAGAUACUGUCAAAACAACAGGAAUUUCAGCUGAUUCAGAAAUGAAAAACCUGUCUGAUAUAUCAUCAACAGCACAUAAUUUAGAACAGAGUUCUGGAAGACCUGUUCACUUAUCUCCAGCUCUGAUUGGACAACAUUGUGGAAAGCUCUUAUUAAGCUAUACUCAGUCAUUUGGACACAAUUUCAUAAACGGCAUUGUUGUUCAACAAACUCAAGUAACAAUAACAGAGCUAAGGAUGACAGAAACACAGUAUCAGAAUAUAAUGGAGGGAAAAUACACACACAGUGAUGGAAAAAGACCAGCCUUUGUGUACACUAGGUCAUAUGAUUUUCUGAUGAAGGAAGACUUAGAGGUAUUGGUUGAUCUCUUCAUAAAAUUUGGUCUGGAUCAGGACCAGUGAAUAAAAAGAUUGUUUUAGGGAUAAGCUGAGAUAAAACCUGCGUAGAUCUGAUAAUGAACAACAUGGAUUAUUUUUUUCAGUUUAAACUUCUUGGAUAAAUUGUUACAGUUGAAUAUGAUGGAUUCUUAAAGUAUUCAACAAUAAUAUAUUGAUCUAAAGCAUGUCAGUUCAACAAUUUCAAACCAUGCUUUCAAGUACAUUUUCUUAUCCCCUACACAUUUUUCACUAUUGUUUCUAAUUUGUAUUUAAUAGUUACGAAUUCCUAUGUGAGUUAAAUAUUCCAUUGUUAAUAAUUUUAGAACAACUGUUCUUUUCUUUUUCUACUCUUUUGAUGUAUACUAUAUGGAUAUAUUGUUUUAAGAACUGGAUUUAAUUGUAACUGCCAUUACAACAUACAUUUCCUUUUAAU